UUUCCAAUCAAUAUUUAAUAAUUAAUAAGCUUGGAAUUUUCAGCGCCAUUGACUUUAUUCAAUGUGCGAUUAAAAUAUUUUGCCUGCAGCAUCUUAAAGGAUAUUCAACUGCUUCUUGUCACGAUUAUUGCAUGUGCCUGCUUAUGUAAAUGGUGGCAGAAUCCAUUGAAGCGUUCGUCACAUUGCACUCGAAUUAUAAUGGAAAAUUUUGGCAGCGUAUCAGCGUCAUUCCGGGGACUGGAGCCUGCACGCGGCUCGCAUCUCAGGAGUGUAGGCGUGAUCAACAAUGUCUGUGGAUGACAGCCAGGUGAUUGGAUUGGAUUGAAAAUGCCACAAUGAACGUCAGAGCACUCACUUGCCAGAAAACCGAACCCACCUGCCAGCCACACUCGAAUCCAACGCAUUCUCAUCGCUUCGUCCCCGUCUUUGCAGCCCCGGUUUCAAGGUCUCCCCAACCUGCUGACAAGCAGAGUUGCCACAUAAUUCGAUUACCGUCAUGCACUUCCAUGCACUCCACUCCACUGCGCGUCGCAUCGCGUCGCGUGACGUUCGGGAUACGGAUACAAGAAGAGUGGGUGCCUGUAAAGGGGGAGUGCCACAUUUCUGGGCACGCACGCAGCACUGGCGGAUCAGUGCCAGCGUCGUCGUUAAAUGCUGUCAAAUCGAUGGAUAAAGAUGUACGUGUAUCUGGUGCACAGAAAACAAAGGCAAUUCAAUUGAAAGCAGGAGGAUGAUACACAUAUAAGGAGGUGGGAGGAUACCCAGUAGGGGGAGGAUACCCAGUGGGAGGAGGAUACCCAGGAGGAGGAGGAUACCCAGGAGGAGUAAAAAGCUUCAUGCCCUGGCGUGGGCUAUGGAGGAUGGAGCUGACGCUAUUUGGCAGGGUAGAACAGGGGAGACAACGCAUACCUAAAUUUCAAGAAGCCGUUAGCUGCGUUGGGAGUCAGUUAUGCAAUCUAUCUGCGCAUGGUGAACAGUAAAUGUGCGCUCAUACAGCGCACCAUACCACACACGCACACACACCCUUCUGCCCUGCUUGCCAACACUAACAGCUGUUUACCAACACUGCGUUCUAGCCGUGUCAAUUCCGAGAAUUGGAGGCACGAAACAUUGCUGAAGUACCUUUCACCCGGUGAAGACCUGUACAGUCUGCGACAUAACUUCAUAAUUGAACAUUCUAGAGCAAUCAACGAGGGAACAGACCAGUUUGAAAACAUCUACACCCAUAGCUAGUACAGCGAAUAUCAUCUUCGUGAUCUUGUGUCCGCCAUAGGGUCGACCAUGUGGUCGAAUACGGGUGCUGCCCGUGUCCAGCGAGAGAUCAACACGGCUAUGCACAUGAGGAGCGUGAACGGAGAGACCGCGGAGCGUGGAUUUAAGCUCUGGUUGAUCGACGAGUCAUGGUCGAACCUAUGCGCCGAGAUUCAGGGACCACCGGGCUCUCCGUACGAGGGUGGCGUGUUCGUUGUGCGGAUCAUCGUGCCGGAUACGUAUCCGGUCGAGCCACCGAAGGUGGAAUUUCGGACGCGUAUUUGGCAUCCGAACGUUUCGCCGGAAUCGGGCGCCAUCGAGCUGGACAUACUCGGCAAGACUUGGUCGCCCGACAUGUCGAUCCGGAGCACCUUGAUGGCCGUCAAGAAUUUCAUAGCCAAGCCGGAUAUGGACACACCCUACGACGAGGACGUGGCUCGUCAGUACAUCCUGAAGCAGGAGCUGUUUGUGCUCACGGCCAAGCACUGGACCCACCGAUAUGCCAGCGGACCCAACAGCAUUCCCGAGUUCGUUGCAAAGAUCCAAGCCCUCAAGGAUCUGGGCAUGUACGAUUCCCUGGCUCUUUCCAUACUCUCCAAAAGGGACUGGGACGUGGAAAAGGUCCGCAGCAACUUUUCAUUGAAAAAGUCCCAGAGCGGCGAAGAUCAAGCUUAGCUACCAAACCAAACCUCAGGCAUCCAUUUAGUGUGGUCAAUAGAGCCAUACUUUAAGGACGUCCUCAUCCGCCACAAUAUUUACUCGAAAUCAAACCCACCAAUCCUCAACAUUAGUCCACAGGGAACGACCAUAAUGCGCAUCUAAAUCCAGCAUAAUAUUUAUUUUGAAUUUAAAUUCAAUCAAUAGCCAAUAGCCAACCCAGUCAAGAAAUCACCAUAAUACCAUUUCAUUUAAUGCCACCAUUCAGCAGUUGUAUCAAUCCAUAAGCCAGCUAAAGACACGACACAAAUAUCCUUGAAUAUUGGCUCCAUCCCAAGAGAACAAGACGAGACGAGACGAGCUUCCCAAAGUUGAGUCAGUCGGUUGUUCUCACAGCACACAAAUAAAAACA